UCUAACGCGGAAGUUGUGGUUCGAGUGCUGGGAACUAGUAUCUGAAACACGAAAAGGAUAAUAGCUUUUUAGAGUGUGUUGUAAAUGAUGCACAUUCUGCAUCCUGAAAAUGUAUAGCACUUCGAAAAGCUGGAAGAAGACGUUCGCAGAUUUUGCACCAGAUGUAGAGCUGACCUGUGGGGUAGCGAUUGUGAUCGUGCUGUCAUGUGUUUUCAGUGCCAUACCAUAUUACUUGGCUGUUUCAGAGCACUUUUUUAGUCUGGAGUCCAGUGCUGUCAUCAGCGGCCAUGUCUACAAACUCUUCACCUAUUUCCUCUACCACAAGAAUAUGAUGCUUUUAUUCCUAAGUGCCAUCCCGAUGGCAUUUCCCUGUAGCGGUCUGGAGCGAGGAAUCGGAACGGUCAGAUUUCUCUACCGGUCCCUCCUGCUGUCGUUAGUCUGUGGACUCUUACAUGUGCUGCUUGAGUCGCUGCUGUUCUCCCCGUCCAGUAGGAGCUCAGUAAAUGGGCUCAUCCCAUUAGCCCUGUCUGUCCUGGGAAUGAUGACCAUCAAUUCUGCUAUGCGGAAAGCGUAUAUUAUGGGCGUCAGUGUGCCUACCGCAUCUCUCCCCUGGAUUAUCCUAGUAAUUCUAACCCUAUUCUUUCCAAACACUUUUUUCCUUUGCAACGUCCUGGCCAUCAUUACAGGAAUGAUACAUGGAAAAGGAUGGUUUUCGUUAUUGGAGAUGUCAGAAUCUAGAGCUUCCGUCUUGGAGAAGAAGUUCCCUUUUCGCUUGCUAAAGCAGAUUCCCGGUGUCCAGUUCAUUCCUUCAUCGACGGAAGAGCGCAAAAAGCCCCUUGACCUCACAGACGCUCCUCCAGGGUCGUACCCUGUUCAGGCCUACACUCCAGUAAACGCCACAAACGGUCAAGUUAUAGGAAGCCUGCCCAACACAUUCGAUGGUUGGCCCGUCUCGCUGUAUCCUCAACAGCAAUACACAUUUACUUCACCUCACGCUGGAGUCGGCAUUGGUCACAAUCAUGGACAUGGACACGGUCAUGGUCACAGCCACGGGCAUCAUCAUGGACACAGCCAUCACACCGGCAGCCCAUGGAUGCCGAUGUCCCCAUACGCUCAGCAUCAAUUCAGGCCUCCAGUAAACUCAGGUCAGCCCUUCACUAAACUACCCCAGCCAGGACUGCCAUUUAUACCUCCCACCUCACAGUCAGAGCCUGGAGUGCCUGCUAUUCCCACAACUCCUCCUGGAGCCCCUGUGUCAUUGUCGUCCUAGAGAUCUAUUGCCUCAUCUGCAGUGCCAUUUGUUUAUUGGUCAUUUUAUACAGCUGCCCUUCUGCUAAAGAACAUUUUGUACCUUAAAUUAAAACCUCAAUGAUGUAAA